UGUCAUCUGAUCCGAGAUGUCUGAAGCAAGCAACACGUUUCUGGAGUAUAAUAUACCUUUGCUUGCUAUGGCAGCAGGCCUCUCACACGUAUCAGCUCGCACUUUCCACCUUCUCCUGACCUGCUGUAGCAGCCAUCCACAGCCUGAUUAAGUCAGACAAUAACCUUAUAGCACCACCACUUUCCCGUCAAAACAGAAAUGUCAGGGGUUAACACACGUACAGCACAUUUCUCGGCAUCUCAAGAACCGUCCCGAAUGGCUCCGCAACGAAAGCAAGCUCGAUUGACCUACUUCAUCUCACGCGAUAAUGGCACGACUGUGCCUCUCAUUCCGGCAGACGAGCUGCCUUUCAACAUCCGUCUCCAGGGAGUUCCACGAAUUCUGCGCUUCGAGGAGACGGUGGGAAUGCAGCAUGUCGGCUUCGCGCCGCAUACUGGCUCAACAUAUGUUCUGGAGCGUGAGAUUCACCUCGGCGCGCCGGGUCCAGGAGCGAUGACGGGUACUUCCAGCCGGCCUCGGUCAUCCUCCAGCCUGUAUGGUCAAGAUCAUGUACGGCCAAAGUACCUCGCUCCAGACGCCUACGCACGUCAGGCUCUUGCUGAAGCCGUGAACACUGCAACAUUUCAAGCAGCCACACCUCAACGUCAGCUUUCCGCCCAUGAAACGGCCACCAACUGGCGCAACGCAUCUAACCCACCGGCUGCAAAAGAGCCCCUUGACACAGCCCUUCCGACUUCACGCACCGUCCCAGGCGACAGAACCCAGUCCGUCAUCGAUGCCAUCCUUGCUACAACCACCGGCGCCGCAUCAGCCGCCCGUCUCGGCUAUACACAACACCUCACUCCAACCCCCACCCCACCCUCCGGAUUUCUUCCAGACCAAGACAGGAAAGAGUACUGCACCUACUGGAUCCGACAUGGUGAAUGCGACUUCAUGCAGCAGGGAUGCAUGUUCAAGCAUGAAAUGCCGGACAAGGCGACGUUGGAGCGGAUUGGGAUACGGUGUGUGCCACGAUGGUGGGCGGAGAAGCAGAGUGUUCUCAAGCGGGGCGUGAUUGGUGGCACCGGCAAAGAUUUUCAGAGCACCGGCGGAUUUGGUGCACUUGUCAAGGGUUCUGCGUGGCUGAAGCGAGAUGUCAAGGAGAAUGACAAGGUGGAGAACAGGUCGGCGAGUGGUGAAGCAACGGCGAGAGUAAGUGACAGCGACAGCGACAGUUCGGCCGCGGACUCUGUCAUCACGGGAGGCAACAAGGCAACUUUGAGUGCCGCUCGCAAGUUCAGCAUUGCGCAGAAGCCGGCAAUUACUCGCAAAGCAGCAGACGUUUCGGAGGCGGCGAGCACCAAGCCUGCUGACAUCGAGGCUAACAAGCGUACUUCAUCACCACCAGCCACCAACAUGCGCAAGGCGUCUACUUGCAGCGACUUGAUCGACCUUGCUGUUCCCUUGCUGCCAACACCGGCCUCCACCACGCCGUCCACCCCAUCCGAGCAGUCACUAGCAUCGUUCCCUCUGGCCAGCAAGCAAAACGCAGGCGAGACGCUAACCUCGACGGCAACGGGACCCAAUGACGGCAGCAAGGGAGACAGGAAGUGUAGCACCGCGCGCCGCAACGAGGACACCGUCACCGACACGACAAGCAAGGCUCGCGUCUUCGUUCCAAAGGGCGAGUCACCCGAAUCUCAUAUUCCCGAAGCUCGCAAGCGCGAAUAUGCUCGUAGCGGUGCUAUCUCUCACUCGCGCAAAGGUGCAACUGCAACGUAUGGCGAGCACGCUCGUGUUGAGGGCAUUCAAGCAACGGAUUCCAAACUCAGCGCAGCAAUUGUCAUGGACGAAGGACUCAUGGCUUCUCGUCAUGCGCCGAGAGCAGGAGACAAUGUUAUUAAUGGCAAGCGAAGUAUGAGGGCGAGCGAUCGGCCAAGACGUCCGGCGGUGACUAGCAAGGCGGUCGUUGCAAAGGCUUAACCCUCUCGAGGCGGGUGAUGGCUAUGGGUGAGGAUCCUCAACAGGCGAAAGUGUGUUGAUGGAAAUUGUACGCUUUGUACGACUAGCAUUGGUGUGCUCACUUGGCAGGUUGGUUCAGUACGAAGCACUCUAUGAUUACUGUGGUGCCUUCGUGCUGUGCGGCAGCUGUGAACUUUGGUAGAUGCUUACUACACGUCCAAAGGUUGUAGGGACGCGAGGCAUAUCAAUGCUCAAAAGACCAUAAGCUUUCUGCUUUAGCGUGAAAGAUGCAGUUCACAAAUCAGCAUUACCACCUGAUCG